AUGGUGAAGAACACUUUGCUGCGCAGUGUAGAAGGGCAUAUGGAAGCUGACUUGCCGAAUGAGCUCGUUGGACGUUUUGACGGUUGUCUCUACCUGAAAGGCUUCCCUCGAGGAGUGCCAGUGGGACUGAAAAACCUUUUACUUCGAGGAUCGACCAUCAGGAACACCAACUACGUCAUCGGGCUCGUGGUGUACACGGGCAACGACACCAAAGUGGUUAGGAAUUCAAGCCGUUCCAGCUCGACGAAGCGCUCCCAGGUGGAGAUCAUGUCCAACAAGCUUUUGAUAAUUGUUUUCUUGUUGCUUUUCCUGAUCUCCAUCGGCUGUGCAAUUGCAAGAGCAAAUCUCCUUGGAGAUGCUGCUGGCUUCCAGAAUUUGAGAUGGGUGUGGAAUGUUGAGAACUUUGAGAACGUGGACAAUUUGCAGGACAACCCCUACCUGGCCAUUUUGACCUUCUUGAUUGGCUACAACAACCUCAUCCCAAUCAGCUUAUACAUGACAACAGAUGUAGUCCGUGCGAUUCAAGCUUUCAUCAUGGAGAGAGAUGAAAGCAUGUACCAUGCCCAAGGCGGAUCUCAUUGUACAGUCCGAACUUCUGCUCUAUGCGAAGAUCUUGGAAUGGUGGAUUUCGUCCUCACUGACAAAACGGGCACGCUGACACAGAACGAGAUGUGUUUCAAGGCUUGCUACGUGGAUGGUCAAACGUACGGCUACUGGACACCUACGGCCGAUGAAUCGACAGAUGCUGCAAGCCUCGUGCAAGACAGCUAUGGUUAUCCCAGUGACCACAUCGAAAAAAUCCCCACGCGUAGUGUGUGCUGGCCACUCAAUCCUUUGCUAUGGGGUAUCCCCAGCGAUGAAGAUCCGCAUUGGAGUUACAGCCUCGAGUCCAAUGUUCACAGUUUCUUUUUGUGUCUCGCCACCUGCCACACUGCAAUGCCCGAGAAGAGCCAACAGCUCAAUUUCUCGCCGACUGGCAAGCGCACAUCAAAGAUGGAGACCCUGGCUGACAUUGAGUAUGUGAUGCAAAAUGAUCCAGGCAUGAACGGGCUCAGCCAACAGGAAGUUCGACAGCGCAUGGAGCUACUCAUCGAGGCAAAUCAGACCCAGUUUCGCAGCCAGUCUCCGGACGAAGAGGCCUUGCUGUCAAUGGCACGCGACUUUGGCUUCUACUUUAAGAAGCGACAGGGCAACAAAGUUACGAUCAACAUCCGUGGACAGGAGCAACACUACACGGUCAUCAUGUGUAAUGAGUUCUCGUCAGAGCGGAAGCGGAUGUCUGUUCUGGUGCGCCAAUGCUCCGAGGAGGGUGUCAUGCCACAGACAUCGCAGGCAAUGGCCAGCAGCAUCUUGCUCGGCAACGCGGGUGUUAUGUCUAUGGAGAACCUCCCACAUGUGUCCGAAGGCGCCUACAUUCUCUUCGCAAAGGGUGCGGACUCUGUCAUGUUGGAUCGGAUGCGCCAGAAAGAGGGUGAGCGUCCGCCGCCGGUCAUGGCCGACUUCGAUGGUUUGGAUGACAUGACACAUGCGAUGUCCUUGGAUGCAGACCGUUCCAAUGAAGACUUCAAAGAGCUCAGCCAGGCGAGUCCCAAAAGUGGUGACGGCAGGGGCAAGGUCAGAGGUGCUCGGGCACUGGCAUUGGCAGCAGCCAUGGGCUCUGGGUCUGCACAGCUUGGACAGUUUGGGUCGGAAGGGAGGCUUCGUCCGAAAGCACCAUCCCCAUGCUCCUCGGCAGGCCUCUCGGCACGGUCCAUUGCAGAUCCGCCGAUGCCCAGCGGCGCACCCGCCAUGCUGGAGACGGAUGAAAAUUCGCGGCUGAGCGCGAAGUUUGAGAUGCCAACCAGAAGUGCUGGGCUGAUGAGCUGGUGCUCACGAAACGGCCCCGAAAACACUUAUGACUCCGGUGAAGCCGAAGAGUGUCCUCGCAAGAAGAAGCUUCGAACUGCAAGGGAGCAGGUUCGACACUUUUCCAUGCAUGGACUGCGGACAUUGGUUUGUGGACAACGAGUGCUUCCUGAUGCCGAAGCCGAAGCCUACAUCAAACGCUGGCAGGGUGCCAGGAGCUCCUUCUUCAAUCGAGAUGAGCUGAUGAAUCGAGUCAUGGACGACAUGGAACGUGACUUCGACUUGCUGGGGGUCACGGCUGUGGAAGACAAGAUUCAGUUCGGGGUUCCGGAAACAGUUCAGAUGUUGCUGGACGGUGGCAUGCGCAUCUGGAUGCUCACAGGUGACUGCGUCGAGACGGCGGUAAAUAUCGCCAGUAUAUGCAGCCUCAUCGAGCAGCACUCCCAGCUGUACUACCUGACUUGCGAGGAGGGCGCUGCCCGCGAGCGCGACUCUGAGAGCGCCCUAGAGCUGGAGGAGAGGCUAAGGUUUAUCCAGGAGGAGAUCUUGAACGAAUUGCAGCAGACCCAUGGCAAAGGCUUUCACUAUAGCCUGGUCCUAAAUGGCCCAGCGCUUUACGCCAUUCUCGAGGCGCCAGAUACACUCCUCUAUAAGCUCUUCGUCACUGUGGCUUGCAAUUCUUGCUCGGUCAUUGCCUGCCGACUGUCUCCGGCACAGAAAGCUUCCCUGGUAGAACUUAUCAAGAAAGAUGUGCCAGGAAACCCGCUGACUCUGGCUGUGGGGGAUGGGGGCAACGAUGUCAGCAUGAUUCAGAAGGCGCAUGUCGGGGUUGGCAUUGCCGGAGCUGAAGGACGCGAGGCCGUGAAUGCCGCAGACUUCGCGAUUGGACAAUUCCGUUUUCUCAGGUCUCUCCUCUUCGUGCACGGGCGGAGCAACAUUCGCCGGAUUGGUUUGGUGAUAGGCUACUCCUUCUACAAGAACUUUUUGCUUGUAAUCACCAUGGCUUGCUACGCUCCUUUCACCGGCUUCAGCGGAACCACCUUCUACAAUCCGUAUCUGAUCAUGAUGUACAACGUGGUGUUCACCAACCUGCCCAUCUUUAUUGUAGGAGCGCUGGACGUGGAUGUCUAUGCCCCCGCAGCCCUGACGUUGCCAAAGCUGUAUCUCUUUGGCGUGAACAAGGUCUAUUUCAACUACCGGAUGCUGGUUGCUUGGCUCCUGCGUGGGACAAUUCAUGCUCUGGUGAACUACUUUGUCGCUGCCGUCUUCUUGGGCGGCUGGGAGGGCUGGGCGAGUCCUUUUUCAGACUACACGACCCUUGGUGCCUGGUCGUAUUGGAGCUGUGUGGUGGUGUCAAAUUCAACCCUUCUGCUCCACACGCAAGUCUGGAUGGACUGGCAGGUGCUGAUCUCGGUGCUCUCCGUGAUAAUGUUCCCGCCGAUCUUGUUCAUCUACUCUUGGCCCAGUGUUGCCCGCAUCUUCAAUCCGUCUUUGGUGGAAGUAGCAGCGCAUCUGUUCCAGUCUUUGCCAGGAUGGCUAAGCCUCCUGCUAGUCUUAGCCUUGUCCGUGCUGGUGGAGUUGGCCUUGGAUUCCUGGCAGCGGAUCUACAAGCCAGACCUCGCAAAGCAAGUGCAGGAGUUCCAGUGCACUAAGAAGUACGUGGGUGAGGCUCACGACUUAUUUCCGAACCCAUCGCACCGAGGCACCGACAGCAGCCUCGUGCCCAUCGUCCCAACAAAUCGCCAGCCUCCUUCCUCCCCUGUCUCGCCAACCUCGCCGACGGGUACUACCUACAACACCCGGGACGAACUCCUCUACGCAGCGAACUUGAAAAUGGAGAAAAUGUUUCCAGCCGCACUGGUGAACUCCAUUCCCUGGAGUUACAAACGCAGUAACUACAACCAGGGUGACUUUCAAGCUGAGGCAGCGCAGCUCAAGGAGUUCACGAAGCAUGCAAGCCAUCCCCCUACGAAGAAGCCUGGCCUGCAGUUGAUCAUGGAACGUCACCGUCACCGCCGGGAAGAUGAACUUGCACCGGAUCCUACAGCAUGCUGUGGAAAGAGAGCCAAGGAGUGGCAAAGGAUCAUCAGUCAGAUGCAGUGGUGUCAGAUCAGCUUGAUGUCCGACGUGCUCGGCAACAAGACGUCACAUGAGCAGCGGGAUGCAACCAGCAAUCUCACUCUCGCAGAGCGGCUGUCGAACGUGACAGGGAUGCAGCUGGAACUGUUGGACCUGGAUCAGAUCACUGACCAGCGGAAGCACAGCACGACUGCGACCACAACGGGUCACCCCAUGGAGCACAAGGCACAGUCCCGCUUCAAUGUGAAGUACACGACCGAGUUCGUUUACAACGUUUUCACCCUGAAAUUCAGGUCGAGCUUACACGAGCAAGCCUUCUGCCAGAUGUUCGACGAAGCGAGUCGCAAUCAGUUCUUCGUGUCCGCACGGGUCCUCGCAGUGCUUCUCGUCGGCUUCCAGGUGACGAAGCUGCUGGUCUUCGUGGUCCAGCCUGGGGAGCUGUCGGAAGUGCUUCAGAGCCUGGUGGCUAUCGCCGGCUUCGUGCUUGGCUGCGAAGCAUUAUUGGUCCCACUACGGUUCGAGAGCAUCAGUGCCUUCCAUGCGAGUUACUUGACCGUUUGCUGUUGCUGCCUGCUCAUCUUGAAGCACGUCAUUGAGUUUGCCUAUGGAAUUCCCGGCUAUGUUUCAGAUGCCAUUAUGCCAUUUGCCUUCUGUGCCGGUGCACGCAUGCGAUUUCCGCAGGCCAUCGGGGUCCUGUUUCUACAUAUGCUGCUCUUGAUCGUUCAUUCCAAUGGGUUCCUGAACGAUGAAACCUGCAAAAUUGGAGGUGGCUUCACGACACUGGAUGUCAAUGUGUGCAAUGAUGAAGGACAACUGCUACAUGAGUUUUCUACGAUCCAGUUUGGUUUGGUGAUGCUUGUCGGUGCAUACAUGUACCUCUCAGAGCGAUUUGCUCGUCAUAGCUUCGCCUGGGACGAUCGCAUCGGCAGUGCGCGAAACGCAGACCGGGAUCUGCUCAAGGGGAUGUAUCCUGAAGAUGUCGUGGAAGCUGUUCGUGAGAGCUUCCUCAGCAACCAGCAGCAGAUCAACGUGGCAGAACAGACGGUUUCCACGACAAGAACAAUCUUCCAAGAGCGUGGCAUUGUCACCAUCGUCUUCAUCGACAUUUAUGCUUUCGAGCGGAUCGUGGCGCAAUUGGCUCCAAAUGAACUCGUGGAGCUGCUCGAUCGGGUUUUCACGCAGAUCAACAAUAUCUGCCAGGAGCAUUCCAUCGUGAAGAUCGAGACUGUGGGGAAGACCUUUGUGGCUGCAGGCAUGGUCGAUUUCAAGAAGAAGUCGCCUCGGAACACCGUCCAGAUGAAAGCUUUCCUGUGCGUAGAGGCUGCAAGCGCCGUUUUGCGGCUCUUCACGAGGUGCACAACUGGAAUGGAGCAGAUGGAGCGGCUCUCAUUGAAGAUCGGCAUCAACACGGGCCAGGUGAUCUCAGGCGUGGUCGGUUCUCAGAAGCCGCAGUUUGCUCUCUUCGGUGACACGGUGAAUACAGCAUCGCGCAUGAUGAGCACUGGACAGGUGGAUCACAUUCACAUCUCUGCUAGCACAUACGAUCUGGUGAAAGAGGAGGAACAAUACGCGUGGAAGGGAAGGAAGACAACGGUGAAAGGCAAGGGUGAGAUGGACACCUACCUGCUGAUGAACGAUUCACGUCGGAGGCUGGUCUCUGGCACAAUCUCUCCACUCAACCGGGCAAAGUCCGCGCCCCGAGAAGGGAGCAUGGUGAAUGUGGGUCCUGACGUGCUUUUGCCCAGCGAAGACCCAAAGACGUUCUGCUCGAUGCUGUCGCGGGCACGGCUUGCGGAGGCCAUCCAGCGAUUUGUCUCUUUCUGCGUGCGGGCAUAUGAGCUAGACUGCCUGAAGACGAAGCAAGAGCAUUCGCUGCUGGCAUCUCUUGUGCUGUUCUGGUGCAUUUUCUGCUUGGAGUCAUUGUACAUAUGGAUUGGCGACACAGGCACUCGUGCCGCGAAUCUGCAGCAGUUCUUCAACAUUCGCCUACCCUUCGCAGUAAUUUGCUUCGCCUUCAUCAUGCUUGGUGGCAUCACCACCUUUUGGCAUUCACUUUUCCUGCUAGGGGGGGAUGCGAAGCAGAAGAAAGAGCAACAUUCUGACCAGAGGGACAUCAGUGAUGCAGAUGCCACCGCUUUGGACCAGGUCUCUGAGGUGGAGGAAGAGGAGGAGCACACCAACCCACAAGCACAGAGGCGGGGCUGGCCAUGUGAGGUCUAUUACUUCGGCAUAUCUGUGGUGCUCAUUGGUACAGGGUACAUCUGUGCUGUCACAUCGUCUCUGUACGGCCUGGCAGAUGGACGGUUUGAGGAAGUCAGCUACUGGAUCUACUUCGAGUCGAUGUUCUACCUCUCGGCCAUGAUGCAUCUGAACGUGCUGCGGGCAACGUUGGCCGCGUUUGCGUGUGCUUUCGCGAUUCUCCUGCCAGCCACAGUUCUUGGGGGCCUAGCCGACUUCCCAUCUGGGCUUAUCUAUCCAAGUGCUGCUUAUAUCCUACAAGUGCGUGUCAUUCAGAGCCUAAAGUGGUAUCAGCUCAAGAGCCUCGAGGGCUUGAGGAUGGUGGAGAAGGAGCACAAAGAGUGCUACUCUCUACUCAAUUCUUUGCUGCCCCAGGAGGUGCUGGAGUCAAUGCAGUCAGACAAUCUGCAGCUGGCAUACACCUACCGGGACAUGACGCUUCUUUUCGCCGACAUUGUGGGCUUCACGAAGUAUUGUGCUACGCAUCAGGCGAAUGAAGCCGUCAGGCUUGUCACGCAUCUUUUUGCAAGGUUCGAUGACUGCUGCAAGCUCCUAGGUGCAUACAAGGUUUGCACGAUUGGAGAUGCCUACCUGGCGGUCAACGAACCGAAGACGGUGCAUGAGGACAAGGUGCUUGGGGCAAACGUGCUCCUGCAUCUUGCCAUGUCGAUGCUUCGGGUCAUCGUGACAGUUCGAAAUGAAGUUCAGCAUGACGGUCUUGAUAUGCGAAUUGGUUUGCACCAUGGUGAAUUUGUUGCUGGUGUCAUUGGCAGCAAUCAGCUUCGCUUCGACAUUUGGGGUGAGGAUGUGCUCAUUGGCAACCAGAUGGAGUCGGAAGGCCAACCCGGGCGCAUUUGCUGCAGCGCAACUUUUGUGGAGGUGAUUCAGUCCAAAUUUCAGCAAUUCCGCUUCACAGAGCACAAGGUCGUGGCUUGCUCUGGAACACAGAGGACCAUGCAGAGCUACUUGCUGGAUGAGCCUCAUGGUAUUGGCACUGGCAAGGCUCCAAGCUCGCCGGGUGGCAAGAUGCCGCGCGGCAGCGUCAGGGGUAAGCGCCCGCGAUGA